UCAGCUUCCUGAGCCACUGGGAUUACGGGUUUACACCACUGCACCUGCCUUAGAAACUGAGGUUCUAAUGGCUUCUGUGAGCUGCCAUUGUACUUUUAGGACAUCUGAAGGUGAUAUGGCCACCUUUUAUCCUUUUCCCCCCUCACUGAGUUGCUUAGUGCCUCCCUAAGUUGCUGAGGCUGGCUUUGAACUCGCGAUCCUUCUGCCUCAGCCUCCCGAGCUGCUGGGAUUACAAAUGUGCACCAUUGCACCCAGCUUCCAUGUGAUUUUAAUAAUAGCCCUUUGACAUAUCCUGUACUUGUCAGACAGUGAAGAAUUAGGGACUGGAGAUGCCUCAUACCGUGCUAAAUUUUGCUGUGACCCCAAAUACAGAGUUCUUUCCCAUCACUCCCAGGAACUGAUUGGGUCAAAGGACCCAGCUAAUUUUUUUUUUUUUUAAAUAACCCAUUUAUGAGAUUUUCGGGUUUUCCGGAGCUUGCUGGAGAAUCCCUUUUAGACUCUGAGUCCUGUGAAUUAAAGAGAAAGUACACUACAGUUAACCUCAUUUUCAGUCUGACAGCAGGCUCACCAGUGUCAGCAUGUUGGAGCUGCUGGUUAAUGAAAGAAAACUAAGUCUUGGGGGUGGUCGCCAGGGCUCUUGGUCUCUCAGGGCAGUGAUGUGGCUGGUGGCCUACUGCAGGUAGAAGUAAGACCUAACCCUUGGGCCUCCCUCCACAGCCAUGUCCGAACUCAGUGAUGAAGCCAGCGAGCCGGAGUUCCUGAACCGCAGCUUGUCCAUGUGGCAUGGGCUGGGCACACAGGUCAGCCGGGAGGAACUGGAUGUCCACUUGGAUCUUCACACAGCUGCCUCUAUUGGCCAGUAUGAGGUGGUGAAGGAGUGUGUGCAGCGGAGAGAGUUAGAUUUGAAUAAGAAGAAUGGUGGUGGCUGGACCCCGCUGAUGUAUGCCUCCUACAUUGGACACGAUACCAUCGUGCACCUGCUGCUCGAGGCAGGGGUGAGUGUGAAUGUGCCGACCCCAGAAGGGCAGACUCCACUGAUGCUGGCCUCCAGCUGUGGCAACGAGAGCAUCGCCUACUUUCUCCUCCAGCAAGGUGCAGAGCUGGAGAUGAAAGAUAUUCAUGGUUGGACUGCGCUUUUCCACUGUACCAGUGCCGGGCACCAGCAGAUGGUCAAGUUCCUCCUGGAUAGCGGAGCAAACGCCAACGUAAGGGAGCCAGUCUAUGGAUUUACUCCUUUGAUGGAAGCAGCUGCUGCUGGCCAUGAGAUAAUUGUGCAGUAUUUUCUGAAUCACGGAGUCAGAGUGGACAUGAGAGAUCAUAGUGGAGCCACGGCCCGGAUGCUGGCCAAGCAAUAUGGACACAUGAAGAUUGUGGCCUUGAUAGACAGUCACUCGCCUGCUCUGCCUAAGAACCUCUACCGGAGCCCAGAAAAAUAUGAAGAUCUGAGCUCUUCGGAUGAGUCUUACCCUGUUGCUCAGAGACAGAGGCCCUGUCGCAAGAAGGGCCUCAGCAUCCACGAAGGGCCUCGCGCCUUGGCCAGGAUCACAGCAAUUGGACUUGGAGGCGAGACCCCGCAGCCCCACGGUGAGCAGCUGCCUCCACGAGGCUACAUGACCUUCACCAGCAGUGACGAGAACCUCCUGGAAGGUGAGGGCCUUUGCUACCGGGAUGUCACCUCCCCCAUCAAUGAGCGGGACGUGGAGAGCAGCAGCAGCAGCAGCCGGGAGGAGCCUGUUUUCUGUGCCAGCCUUGGGGCCGUGCGAAGCAGCAGCAGUGAGGGCCUGGUGAGAGCCCAGGGGCUCAGCAGUGAAGCCUCCCUGGAGAGCAAUGAGGAUUCAGAUCAUGUCCGUAAAAGCUCCGUUCGCAGACAAACCAAGAGUUAUGUGAAGACUAAGAAUCGUUCCAGCACCAGUGAUAGCCAGUGGCCUCCCAGCUCCGGGACUUGUGGAACAGCCUAUUCCCCAAGAUGUGUGCCCCAAGCUGAGAGGUCAUCCUACACAGGACCCCAGGAUCUUGCAACACUGCUGGAGCAGAUUGGCUGCCUGAAGUACCUGCAGGUGUUUGAGGAGCAGGACGUGGACCUCCGCAUCUUCCUGACCCUCACUGAGAGUGACCUGAAGGAAAUCGGUAUCACGUUGUUUGGGCCUAAAAGGAAGAUGACCUCUGCCAUUGCCCGCUGGCACAGCAGUGCCCGUCCCCCAAGUGAUGCCCUGGAGCUGGCCUAUGCUGACCGACUAGAGGCCGAGAUGCAGGAGCUUGCCAUCCAGCUACACAAGCGCUGUGAGGAGGUGGAGGCUAUGCGAGGCCAGGUGUCCCAGGAGCAGGAGUUGCGGGCUGUGGUGGAGAGCUGCCUCUUGGAGCAGGAUGGCGCCCGCAAGAACGUCCACACCCAGCUUCAGGAGACCUGGGCGCUGGCCCAGGGUGCCACCCUUGUCCUGGAGCAGCUACGAGCCUGUCAAGCUGAACUGUCAGCCCGAGUGAGGCAGGCCCAGCCCUACAGUGCGACCACCCUGGGCCCAGGCCACCCAUUGGCAGACUCCAAAGGCUGGCAUGCAUCCCUGCAGGCCAUGAGCCUCCCUGAGCUGUCGGGAGCCCUGGAAGACUGUGUCCAUGAGAUGGGACAAGCACUGUGCUCAGUGACCCAGAGCCUGGAGAAGCUGCAGGUGCUCAACGGAAAGGAGAAGUGGCGGGAGCCCUAACCAGGAAGGAUGAAUCUGACGUUGGGUGAUCGAUCCACCCUGAAGUUGUGUGCCAGGAAGAUCAGAGGGCAGUGGGCAGGCCAGGCCCAAGGUGGGGCUGAGGAUCAGGCCCCAGGGAGCAAUCUGCAGACAGAGGCGGAACUGGGGCUGUGGCCCCUGCCAGGCAGCAAAGUCAGCACUGAGGAAAGGAUGAGGGCUUCUCACCCAGAAUCUGGUGGUAAGGCCCUGAGCUCAUGGGCUGCCAUGUCCAGACCAGGCAGGCCCUGGAGAGACAGUAUCCCACACAAGUAGGCACCUCACCAAGGUCUGACCUCAAGGUGAGGAUCAGGAUGCCUAAAAAAUGUGCCAUUUGUUGGAGAAUAAAAUUUACAUUGGCUGAUAA